AUGGCAGCCACCAACGAGACAUCACACCCAGAGCGUAACAAAGGCUGGUACCAGGAAGACCUCACCGAGAUCAAUCAGCCCAUGCGUGACCUCUUGGAGAACUACUCCAAGGUGCCCAGGGAGAAGGUGGUCAACCACGGCGUUGACCUGGGCCUCGACUUCUCCGACGUCGCCGCCGUGCGUAACCUCGUCGACCCCAUGGCCGUCAUCAGUGCACAUACAGUAGUGUAA